AUGACCUCGUCAGUGUUUUAUUGUUGGUAUUAUCCAAGUUAUUCUUGGGACUUGGGGGAGACCACUUUUGCCUGGCUUAUAUUUGGUAUUACAAUCCUUGCUUCUCCCGUGAUUUUUCUUCUUAAUGCGUUCGAGAUCGUAGCCGUGAGCAGGAGGAGAGAUUUGCAGAGAGCGUCGACUAUUCUGUUGUGCAGUAUGGCCCUUGCAGACAUUUGGGUUGGUGCCGUAUCCCUGCCGUUAACUGCCGUUAUUGAUUUGUUGAUUGCUCACCAAACGUUUCUUGACAACGUCUGUAUUUUAGACCUCAUAGGCCUUGCUGUUAUGUACUGUGGAUCCACCUCUGUACUGUCCCAUUUGACAGUGAUUGCAUGGGAGAGGUACAUUGCUGUCAAGAAAUGGAGAACAUACCAAUUGAUCUCGUCAAGACGACGUGCAAAGAGACUUGCUGUACUCGCUUGGCUGCCGUCGAUAGUCAUAUUACCGCCCUAUUUCUUAGCUGCGGCUAACAUAGACAUUGGCUGGUUUAAAAAUUCUUAUUUACUUUUUCAGGGUGUUUUUUGGGGAUUUGCCUUAACAUUGAUAACCUAUUUUUACCUAAUGAUGUACCUUGAAAUACGAAAACUAAAAAUGAACCUGGUCCACACUGUUCGCACUGUCUCUGUUGUAAAGCAGAAAGCUAAAAUUGCUAAGACAACUGGUUUUAUAACAGGAAUGAUAUUUUUAUCGUUUCUUCUUCCCACUGCGAUAGAAAUUUUGGGAAAGUUCUUCGCAAUUUUUCAGAAAAGUUCGGUUUUCCGACUGACUGAGACAAUCAUGCAGCUUAAUUCCCUCGCAAAUCCCUUGAUCUAUUAUUACAGAGAUCGCCGGUUCAGAAAUGCUAUUUUUGAAAUGCUACGACUAAAAAAAUCAGAGGAAAACCUGCCAGCUGCUGGCGCGAAGCCACGAUCUGUUGAGGAAAUCAAUCCUGAAAGACAGAGAAGAGUUGCCAUGAAUGAAUUAACACCACAAAAUAACCAAAUUAAACCAACAAGAACAUGA